UUUUCUAGUGUUGCUGACGAGACACUAAUUACUUACUGAAUGUACGGUUGUUGUUUCCAUUUCCACAUUUAUUUUAUUGCAUGUUGAUAUACAGUUGUAUGCUGUUAAUUAUCCAUACAUACUUUUGAUAACAACUUUUCCAUCAUGGACAAACGAGUCAAAGCGACUGCCAGUACGGGCCCCCCUCUUCCUCUCUCCUCUUUACGACUCAUGGUUUCUCCCCUGCGGCUGAUGUAUUCCUUUGUAUGGCAUGUGGUGAAUCAACGAAAUGUGAUGCACUAUGGGAAGGUCGAGGAAUUUGUAACUGUGGUGACUGAAGCUGUUCCAAAGUUGCUGAGUUACAAACAGAGGGCUCAACUCAUCCUGGGCCUGAGAGCAAGGAUGAUCUUGGAGAUGUUCCGCAAGGAUUGUCCACCUAACCCUCAGGCCAUCCAAUGUCUCCUGGGAAAGAUGAACAUCAGUGGAUCCGCAGGGCAGCAAGAUAUGGAAGUGGAGGAGUCGCAGGCUAACUUUGUGUCGCUGGUCCAAACCCUUCUGACAAACCCUUAUGAGAGGAAGCACUUCUUCCAGGAGGAGUUCCAUACACAGUAUGGCUCCAAGUAUGACACAGCACUGCAGGCCCUUGUGGGAGGCUUGGUCUUCAGACUGGAACAACUGUUAUCUGUGCCAGAUCUCUCCCAGAUAGCGUCCAUUAUCAGUGCUGCCCCCUCUGACCUGGAGGAGUGUGGACAGUCUGUGUCUGACCCUGAGCACCUGAAGAUCCUCCUCCAGCACCAGAACCUGCUAAAUAAAACCCAGUUAAACAGAAAUGGUCCCCCACUUCCUCUCUCCUCUUUGCGAUUAUUGGUUUCUCCUCUGCGGCUGAUGUAUUCAUUUGUAUGGCAUGUGGUGAAUCAACGAAAUGUGAUGCAUUAUGGGAAGGUCGAGGAGUUUGUAACUGUGGUGACUGAAGCUGUUCCAAAGUUGCUGAGUUACAAACAGAGAGCUCAACUCAUCCUGGGCCUGAGAGCAAGGAUGAUCUUGGAGUUGUUCCGCAAGGACCCACCCAACCUUCAGGACAUCCAACGUCUCCUGGAAAAGAUGAACAUCUUGGGGCAGAAAGAUGCAGAAGUGGAGGAGUCGCAGGCUAACUUUGUUGCGCUGGUCCAAACCCUGCUGAAAAACCCUUAUGAGAGGAAGCACUUCUUCCAGGAGGAGUUCCAUACACAGUAUGGCUCCAAGUAUGACACAGCACUGCAGGCCCUUGUGGGAGGCUUGAUCCUCAGACUGGAACGACUGCUAUCUGUGCCAGAUCUCUCCCAGAUAGCGUCCAUUAUCAGUGCUGCCCCCUCUGACCUGGAGGAGUGUGGACAGUCUGUGUCUGACCCUGAGCACCUGAAGGUCCUCCUCCAGCACCAGAACCUGCUAAAUAAGAUUCAGUUGGUACCUGUCACGUCCUCUGUAGGGGACUGUGUGCUGUCCUCCCUGUCCUUCCGCUUAACCUGUGGAAUGCAGUCCAUGCAGACAGAUUUUUACGAACCAGCGGAAUCAUUAGAAGCCGCUCUAAGCAUCAUGAGCCCUGCCUCCUUCAGUGACUUGGAGGAUCUGGGAAUGGUGCCAGUUGAAUCGGACCAUGCUGGAGCAGUAACUACUGUGGAGAGAGAAGAGCAGAAUGCCAGGGAUAACGGGGGUCGCGUGAAAAAUUCAGCAGUCGACAGUGAAGAAGACAAUGCACUGUCAAAGAACGACAUAGUCUCACCUACUCCUCAAAGUGUAAGCAGGCCAGUGGGAGGGGCACCAACAGUAGAGAGCAUGCUGCCAACAGAGAGACACAAGGAGCUUGCAACACUGAUGAAUACUUUCAUCGCUGAUGCCUCUCCUUCACAUAUUGUCACCCCUGCCACAGUCACCAAUGGGAACCAGCCAGAUAACCAGCCGGUCGGGCUAGCGAGUGUCCACCAGUGGGUCUCCCACAUUGCAAGUAACUCGAUUUUGCUCCCUUCCUUGCCACCCCUUCCACAAAACAAUGAUGUAGACCAGGAGAUCCGGUCAGGUGACACGUGUCUUGGAAGCAGUGUGGAAAUUGGGGGUCAGGAAGCAGAAGCCAAUCUCUUAGAGAAGGCUGUUCUCCGAAGGAGACUGCCCAAGCCACAAAGAAUAACGAUACCCUCGAAGAGGAAAAUCCCUGAGGCAACCAUCAUUUGCCAGGAGUGUGGGAAGAGUUUUGUCUAUCCGUCUCAGCUGGAAAAUCACCUCCGCAUUCACACAGGAGAGAAACCUUUCAAGUGCACUGAGUGUGGCAGGGCCUUCAGGUCCUUAGGAGGCAUGACCACUCAUAUGAAAAAUCACUCUGAAGCGCGGCCAUUUAAGUGUGAAAAGUGUGACAAGGGCUUUCGGAAAAAGGCUGACCUGAAGAAUCAUCAGCUCAUCCACACGGGUGCGAAACCACAUAAAUGCACCAUCUGUGGAAAGGGCUUCAGCCAAGCAUUCUAUUGCAGAAUACAUAUCCAGUCUCAUGCAAGUGAAAAUAACUUUCCCUGCACUCAUUGUCCGAAGAGAUUCCCAACCCAAUACAAGCUGUCUGUCCACGAGCGCUGGCACACCAUGGAGCGCCCGUUCAUCUGUGAGCAGUGUGGGAUGCGCUUCUUUCAUCCCAGUGGGCUGAAGAGGCACAUGGGCUAUCACAUUGGGAACCGCCCGUUCCUGUGUGCCCAGUGUGGAAAGACUUUUGUUUAUGAGUUUGACCUGAAGAAACACCAAAGGGACCAUGGCCCCAAGCCCAAGAUCCCAUGCCCUGUCUGUCAGAAGGUGUUUGGCAGCAACGGACUCAUUAAGGCCCACAUGUUUACGCACACCUCUGUAAAACCUUACAGAUGUGACAUAUGUGACAAGACCUUUAAACAGAGCAGCAGCUUGAGCAGUCACAAACGUCUGCACACGGGUGAACGCCCUUACCACUGUGACAUGUGUGGGAAGACGUACAAGCUAAAUCAGCACCUGAAGGAGCACAUAAUUGUCCACCACACGGCGGAGGGGCACCCUUGUGACCAGUGUGGAAAGGUAUUCAAGUUACCACGUCUUCUGAAGGCGCAUGAGCGGUUGCACUCAGGAGAGCGAUCUGAACAGACAAGGAAAUACAGUCACACCAGCCGUCGCAGGAGAAAUUCCUCCAAAAUGAGUUGAUUUACUGCACAGUGGCUGCCUUCCAUAGACACCGACUGGAAUGCUAGUUUUAUUAUCCUGACAAAUUGCCAUUGGCUGAAAUACUAUUUCUAUUUUUUUUGUGGUAGACUUUAGAUUUUGGACCAGAAUUCAGGAUUCCCUUAAUAGACUGAACAUUGAAAAAUAGUAUAAUGUCUGGCUUAGUUAAUGCAGCAACAAACGUAUCUCCUGUUAGAUAACAAUUAAUGAUUGUGUCAUUAAAACAUAUUUGUUUGUGAUGCUUUUUGGAUAGAUUAUUGAAAUUCCAAUGACAUAAGAUGUAAAUUGACAGCUACUCACAUAUCUCUUUUUGAGAGUAGUCAAUGAUUGCAGGGAGCCUUUACAAAAAAAUAUGCACAACAUUUGGUGUUGGAUAAAGGCAAAUAAAGUCAACAUUGUGUGCCACAA